AUGUUCAAAAAUAUUCUCCAGAAAUUGGAAAACCCAAAGAGGCCGUUACUAGGGCCAAAUGUUAAGGCCCUACAAUUUUGGGGCCUAUUGUUACCAAAAAAUGUUUUCAUGAAGUAUUUUUACUUACUAAUGCAUUUAUUGGUGACAAUUUUCACUGCGACCGAACACAUAGACGUGUGGUACGUAAAAUCCGACUUGAAUUUGUUACUGAACAAUUUAAAAAUUACAAUGUUAGCGACCAUGAGUGUGAUAAAAGUAUCAACAUUUUUGAGCUGGCAAAAAUAUUGGAUCAGCAUCAUAGAGUACGUCACAAGGGCUGACUUGAACCAACGCUUAACUGAAGAUAAGAAAAAACUGGAACUUUUGAAGACAUUUACGAAAUAUUGUCGAAAGAUUACUUAUCUGUAUUGGUCGCUGAUGUACACGACCGUGGUCAUAGUCAUAGUACAGCCGAUCAUUAAAUAUAUUUCCUCGGAGACUUACAGAAUGAACGUAAAAAAUGGGACAGAGACGUAUUUACAAGUUGUCAGUUCUUGGGUACCCUUCAAUAAAAACACUAUGCUCGGGUACUUAGCCGCUUCGGUUUAUCAAAGCUAUGCUGCGAUAUACGGAGGAGGUUGGAUCACGUCUUUUGAUACGAAUGCUAUGGUGAUCAUGGUGUUCUUUAGAGCUGAAUUGGAACUGUUGAGGAUUGAUUGUGAAGAUAUUUUUGGGUCGGAGUCCGUCCCUGUAGAGCGUGGUGUAGCCUUGAAGAGGCUGAAAGAUUGUCAAAAAAGGCAUGUCGAGUUGGUCAAAUACGCUCGCCUCUUCGAUUCCUGUUUGUCACCAAUAAUGUUACUGUACAUGUUUGUCUGUUCAGUUAUGUUGUGUGUCACUGCCUAUCAAAUCACUAUCGAGACAAGUCCAAUGCAAAGAUUCUUGACGACGGAAUAUCUUGUUUUUGGGAUUGCACAACUUUUUAUAUACUGCUGGCAUAGCAAUGACGUCUUGUAUGCUAGCGCAGACCUUAUGCUAGGUCCAUAUGAGAGUACUUGGUGGUCCAGAAGCGCGCAGUAUCGUAAAGAUCUUUAUCUUUUGGUAGCACAAUUCAAUAAGAGUAUUGUCUUCUCAGCUGGACCAUUCUCGAAGUUGACUGUCGCUACUUUUAUCAGUAUUUUAAAGGGUGCGUAUAGUUACUACACGCUGCUGAGUCAGUCUCAAAUGAAAUAA